AUGGAUUCGGGCAACGACGCCCGAGGCGUCCCUGUUAACCUCCCGCUGACGGCUCAGGAGAGUGCCAGGGAUUCGAACAGUGACGCCCGAGGUGUCCCCGUUAACCUCCCGCCGACAACCCAGGAUAGUGCCGUGGAUUUGAACAGCAACGCCCGAAGCGCCCCCAUUAGCCUCUCACCGGCGGCCCUGGAGAGUGCUGUGUAUUCGAACAGCGACGCCCGAGGCGUCCCUGUCAUCUUCUCGUCGACAGUCGAGGCCGGUGAAGAUAUUAUGCAUGUGGUGGGGAGGCUGGCCGGGCACGUCCCUUUCGGCCACAACCCCACGCCGGACCUGGUCACCGGCCUCUUGGGAUACGACAGAAGGGGGGACAUCGACGACGCGUCGCUGGCCUUCGUUUUUGCGAGGUCCGAGGCCACCAAAGAGAUCGUCGGGGCUCUCGUGCUCUGGAGGCUGACCACGUUUGUCACGAUCCGGCCCAGAUCACUCCCCAUCUCCAAGGUCUGCUUCAAGGCGGGCCGCAGCCUCAAUUCGCCCGAGCUCAGGUUCUGGAGAAAGGCCAACGGCAUGCUGCGGAAGCUGAUGCGCGAGGGCGUCGUCGACAUGGCCACGGGACCGGCCUACGUCCUGUUCCAGGCCGUCGACCCCGGCUGCUGCUCCACCAUGGAGCAGCUCAAGGACAUCUACGAUAGGAUGUACGAGCAGGCCGGCGAGCGUCACGGGUUCGAGUCCCUGGUCAUGGGCUCGCCCUGCAGGGACGGCUUUGGCUUCCUCCAAGAACCGCUAAAGUUUCGGGUGCUCUACGAGGAGAUCGUGUUGGACGACGAGAGAGACUGUGAUAUCUACCUCUGGUGGCGCGAGCCCUGA